AUGGAGAAUGGCACAGAGGGCAAGAACUUCUACAUCCCCAUGAACAACCGGACGGGGCUUGUGAGGAGUCCUUUUGAGUACCCACAGUAUUAUUUGGCAGAGCCAUGGCAAUUCAAAAUACUGGCUCUCUACAUGUUCUUCCUGAUGGGCACUGGCUUUCCCAUCAACUUCCUUACACUGUUCGUCACAGCUCAGAACAAGAAGCUCCGGCAACCUCUCAACUUCAUCCUGGUCAACUUGGCUGUGGCUGGACUGAUCAUGGUCAGCUUUGGAUUCACAGUCACCUUUUAUACUUCCCUCAAUGGCUAUUUCUCCUUGGGAACCACGGGCUGUGCUAUUGAGGGGUUCAUGGCUACACUUGGAGGUCAAGUUGCUCUGUGGUCUCUCGUGGUUCUAGCUAUUGAGAGAUACAUUGUGGUCUGCAAACCAAUGGGUAGUUUCAAAUUUACAUCCACCCACGCUGCAACAGGUUGUGCAUUCACCUGGAUCAUGGCUGCCUCCUGUGCUGUCCCUCCUCUUGUUGGCUGGUCAAGGUACAUUCCUGAGGGUAUUCAGGUUUCUUGCGGACCAGACUACUACACCAUGGCCCCAGGCUUCAACAAUGAAUCAUACGUCAUUUACAUGUUCACCUGCCACUUUUGUGUUCCUGUCUUCACCAUCUUCUUCACUUAUGGAAAUUUAGUAUGCACAGUGAAGGCGGCCGCAGCCCAGCAGCAGGACUCUGAAUCUACCCAAAAGGCUGAGAGGGAAGUGACACGUAUGUGCAUCCUGAUGGUGUUGGGCUUCCUGGUGGCCUGGACUCCAUAUGCUAGCUUUGCUGCAUGGAUCUUCUUCAACAAGGGAGCAGCAUUCUCAGCAGCAUCCAUGGCUAUCCCUGCCUUCUUCUCAAAGAGCUCAGCAUUGUUCAAUCCUAUCAUCUAUGUUUUGCUGAACAAACAGUUCCGUAACUGCAUGCUGAGCACUAUUGGAAUGGGAGGCAUGGUGGAUGAUGAGACCUCAGUAUCAGCCAGCAAGACAGAAGUGUCCUCUGUUUCCUAA